GCCGACGCGCUGCAGGAGCGGGCCAAGGGCAAGACGCGCGAGGGCGCCGAGGAGAAGCUGACGAGCGGCGACCUGCUCUCCAACCGCAGGAUGGUCUCGCUGCUCCGCGCCGCCUUCCCCGGCCUGCAGAUCAACUCUGAAGAACACAUUGAGACAGCUAACCUGGAGACGGUCAUCUGGGAUCGCAGUAUUCCUGAAGACAUAAAGAAAAAGAUAGAACCUAGAGAAGUUCCAGCAGAAAGUGUUACUGUCUGGAUUGAUCCACUGGAUGCUACACAAGAAUAUACGGAGGAUCUUCGGCACUAUGUUACAACUAUGGUUUGUGUGGCUGUAAAUGGAAAGCCAGUGAUAGGAGUAAUACACAAGCCAUUCUCAUCAUAUACAGUCUGGGCGAUGGUGGAUGGAGGGUCAAAUGUAAAAGCUCGUUCCUCCUACAAUGAGAGAACUCCAAGGAUUAUCGUAUCCCGCUCUCACGCUGGAAAAGUAAACCAGGUUGCUCGGCAGACAUUUGGAAAUAAAACUACGAUCAUCCCCGCUGGCGGAGCAGGUUAUAAAGUUCUAGCUCUCCUUGAUGUGCCUGACGAGAAACAAGAAAAAGCUGAUGUGUAUAUUCAUGUGACAUAUAUUAAGAAGUGGGACAUAUGUGCUGGAAAUGCUGUGUUGAAAGCAUUAGGUGGUCAUAUGACUACUCUGGCUGGAGAAGAAAUCAGUUACACCGGUUCAGAUGGUAAUGAGGGUGGACUCAUUGCCAGUAUCAAUAUGGACCAUAAGGCACUGAUUGAAAAACUCCCAGAUCUAGAGAAGACUGCACAUAAAUAAACAAAACUGCUGAGGAAUUCAAGACUGCAGAAGCAUGACUUGAAAUGUUCAAUCUGGGGGAACAGGUGUGAGAGUGACCUGUUAAAGGGUAUUAUGUACAAGAAGUAAAGCAACUCAGCCUAGUUCUGGGGACAACAAACAGCAUCGGAUUUUUUCAAUGGUGGUGUUUAAAAACUCAAAAAUAGAAAGGCAUCAAGCUGCCUCAUUCCUUGAUUUCCAUCUUUUUUUUUUUUUCAGACUGUUUCCAUAUAGUUUAUUCAAAGUGCAUAUGCCGUGUACAUGCGUGUGUGUAUACACACACGCACACAGGUGAGUGUGUGAAUAUAUCUGGUUAAAAAAUCCAGAUCAGUACUUAGAUUAUUAUAAUUAGUUCUCAUGUGGAUUAUUCAAUCUGAGUACAUCAUGUUCCAGUAGUUGUAGCACUUCCAUAUUGAAUUACAAGGGAAAAAGAUAAAAUUUAUAUGGUUAUUUGAUAACUGUAACCCUUCUAGCAGGGAAUAUGGAACACAAGGUUAUAUUUCCAUGAAGCACAAGAAAACAGACACAAAUCUGUAUGGAACAACAGUUAAAAUCUUUGACAGUAGUAUUUUAUUGAAGAAUAAAAUAUGUUCUCGACUAUUCUGACAUUUUUCUGAAAAUUUAAACCAGUUUAAUUCAAAUAUGAGAAUUGUGAAUAUUGGUGAUUAAUAAAUCAGUGUAAUUAUUUCUGUAUCUCUUUUUAGAAAGAUAAUAUUCCCUUGUAUAAUUUUUAACAAUUAACUCUUGUCUUUGGUUUUAGUUUGUAAUGUUCAAGGUGCAUGCUAAAUUCUUCUUUUUCAAACUUGUUCAGCAUUCCGUGUUUAGCUCUGUAUAAGCAGCCUCUUGUUUGUUUGUCUGUUUGCUAAGUUACUUGGCAAAUACACAAAAUUGAUUUUGUUGGUAAAAAUAAGUUGAUCAAUUUACGGUAUGAAAAAGAUUACCAGUUUUCAGGCACUCCUAAAUUUGGUUGAUGGCUUUUAUUGUCGAUUGUGUGAGAAUAGCCCUUAAAGGUGAAUUCCUUCCCACUGUAAACCCCACUUCUGAACAGUCUGUGACUACAUAUUGACCACAUACAUAUUAGGAGUUUAGGUCUGCAUUCAAUCAGGGCACAUUCUGAUAAUAUUACAUGGUUUUGGAAAUUUUAGGAGAUUUUGAACACUUCAGUACAGCAGUGUGAUAGAGAAAAAACCCUUCAGUCCAAUCCAGGAUUGAAAAGGUUUUGCCCAAGUCACAUAAAACAAAAUGUUACUCCAGUAGCAAACAGUGGCACCAUAAAUAGUUGCAAACUUCUGUCUUAUGAACCUGUAACCUUCUCAGAAGCUUUUUAGGGUGGUAGAGAAGCAGCAUUUAAUAAAGUUAUUUUAGUCCCAGUAGGCAAAUUUCACAUCUCUUUUCAAGGAAUAACAUUUUCAUUUAAAUUUACAUCUUUUUCAAGUCUAAGUUUAUUUACUAUAAUGCAGACCACUCUUAUGCAAAAUCUUUUAUCUUGGUAAAAACAUCUUUCCUUUAUUUCCAUUUUUAUUCAUUUAAAAGAAUGAGUUCAUUUGCCUAUCAGGAGUGUUACUUUUUUCCUUUAAGGUUGUUAAUUUUUUAAUAACAUGCAUAUAUGUCAAAAGCUCCCUUUAAGUGUAUAUGUACAAAAUAAUUAAGAUAAGCUUAUAGUUAUUUGUAUUUUUGUAAAUUGUUUGGCAAAGUAUACUAGUCAUGGCUAGUCAUUUGGUAUGGGUAAUAUUUCUAAUUGCUUUAACCAGUUGUUAUCCUUUUUCCAAAACUCGCUGCUGCUGCUGAUUUAAUUUUACUUGGAUAGACAUUCUCAGAAUUCUGCAUAAAAAGUAAAUUUAUUCUAAAUUUGGAACAUAAAUGGAUUAACUGCUGUAUUCUACAGAACAGAAUGAAUGCAUACGAAUAAAGGAGGACAGAAGUAUUGUGAA